AUGUCAAAAUUCGAGUCGUCGUUUUCGAAACGGAAAACGUCCGACACCGGAGGCGGUCGACUGUCACGGCCCCUGAACGAGUCGCAGGACGAUCUGGUGAGCUUUCCGCGGUCUGAGUCGAUUCAAUACGACAUGGGGCCGUCUCUUGAGGACGGGUACAAAGACAAGCUUUUUGCGUCGACAGUGCCGUCGGAGGAACUGGAGAUGAGCACAAGCUCGUUUUCGCCGCACAGCAAUUUGCACGCCGCGCUGGAGGCCCCGCUGGUGCCCUCAAUGGGUCUUGUGGAUGAUCCGCUGCACUAUCUGAAAAACCAGGAAAUAGUGGUCACGGCGCGGCUGCUCGCCACCAUCGACAAACACAGAACAAGCUUGCACAAAGGGAGCCGGCGGGUGGGCCGGACGCGCGAGACGCUGCUGCACCUGUUUUCGGAGCUGAGCCAGAUUAACCAGGCGAUGAAGGAGAUCUACACCACAGAGCAGCACAAUAAGAGCGCAGUGCUGACGAAUUUCGAGCAUUGGGAGGCCAAGAGGACGAAAAUUGUCGACCGAAUAGACGAGAUCGAGAACCGCACGUCCGAGGGUGCUGCGUACAAAACCUUGCUUGCAGAGAGCGACCGGAUCGGAAAGGAGAUUGAGCAGCUGGAGCACAAGCUACGCGCGCUGCGGACGAAGCAGAAGCAAGUGAACCAGCAGCUGCGCGAGUCCAAAUCGCUGCUGGACAUCAAGUUGAACGCGUACUACGAAUCUUUGAGCCAGAUCGAGGCGCAGGAGUUCAAUGAGAUCGAAAAACUGUUGCCUGUAAAGGGCGCCGAUAAGCAGCUCAACCCGGCCUCUAUCAUCGAAAACUACAACUUGCAGCUGCGCGCAUUGGCCGACAUGGUGCACGCGGCAGAAGCCAAGGAAGUCAGUUUCCACGAGUGCUGUGUGUAUUUGGAAGACGUAUUUGAAAGUCUGGGCUCGCUGGAGGCAGCGUUGCAAAAAAUAAUUGCGGACACGGUGCCGGAGAAAACCGAGCUGCUGCUGAAGGAGCUUGCCGCGGCGCUGCGAACGCUGCAGCAGCGCAAACAGCAGGCGGCUCAGUCCAAGCUGGGAUACAUCGAGGCCAUCAUCGGCGACGAGAUCACCGCAAUAGAAAACGCCGUCCGCACCAUCCGGGGCGAGGAGCCAAAACCGGUGCUCAAGGCGUCGGCCAGCGCCACAAGCGUCAAAAGCAUGAGGAGCAUAAACUCGCCGUCACCAUCGUCGCUGCCCAUCAAGCCGGCGUUCUCUGUGCCGGUUGCGUCAACGUCCCAGAUCACCGCCGGCAGCAGCGAGGCAACAAAAUACGUGCAGGCGAAAUCGGCUAUCCAGAAAAGCAAGGGCGACAAGAAAGACUGAUCAGAUUUUGUCCUCCAGCGACAGCUUGCUGGCCACAUCGGUGUGGGCGAUGGUUCUCUUGAACUCUUCAAAAUCCAGCCUGUUGUCUCCAUCCUCGUCGUUUUCGAGGAUCGUGCGGUCUACGAGCUGCUGUAACUGCACGUCCGUAAGCGAAUUCGCCACCAUCAUCCGUAGCACCAAGAAUAACUCGCCGUUCGAAAUGUACCCGUCGUUGUCGAUGUCGUAAACCCUAAAGAGGAACCGAAGCUUGUCGUCGACUGAGCCGCUCGAGAAAAUCGACAGCCCGGCCACAAACUCCUUGAAGUCAAUGUCGCCGCCCCUAUUGGUGUCAAAGAUGUCUAUCACACGCCUGGCAAGCGGAUUUUGGCCGAUUCCGGGGAUCGACAGAAACUCGUCCUUGUCGAUGGCCCCGGAGUUGUCUGUGUCCAGCUUCAUGAACCGCUUCGCGAGACGGUCAAUUUCGUCCGAUCCGACUGAUUGUUAGAGGCCGCUGCGGCGAGUACUUACAGUUUGUUCCCUCGGAUAGGUCGUCCAGGAGACUCGAGGGAAUGUUGC